UUCAAGACGGGACAUGUAAAAAGCCGAGUCAUGUUGGCGAGACGUGUGCGGUGGACGACAGCCCAUCCUGCGUGCAGGCCGCGCUUCGUGGCCGUCCUCAUCGCCAUCGUCCUCUGCCUCUCCUUCUCCGCGACGAUCCGCGACCUCGCCGAUGACGUGCUCCUCUACGAGAGCCGCAUCCCGAUUGGCAUCGACAUCGACAAUGUGACGGCCACGGCGAGGUACUUUGAAAAGACAGCCAUCCAGCCGCCCUACAAGGACCAGUUCUGGCUCGUCGGGCAACGGGCGCGGACGCUCGGCCACUGGCUGCACGUCGCGGACCAGGCCGAGCCGGCACGCACGAAGCGUCGCCUCCUCGCGGCGUCGGAGCGAGCCGCCGCGGCCCUCUUCCCGUUCCUCAAGUCGUCGCCCUCGCGGCCCCGCAGCUCGACGCCCCUGGCCGACCUCCGCGCCCGCUUCAGGGGUGGCGGGCAAGGCAUCGUCAUACCCGUCGGGUACGGCAACUUGCGCUACGCGGGCCACCUCGUCAUGGCACUGCGCGAGGUGCUCGAGUGCCAGCUCCCCAUCGAGAUCGUCUACGCCGGCGACAUCGACCUCGACGAGCAACGGCGCGAUGCCCUCGCGGCGCUGGACACCACGGGCAACAUCGGGUUCCUCAACGUGCUGUCCGUGUUCGCCGACGACACGCUGAGCCUGCUGGCCGGCGGCUGGGCCAUCAAGCCGUUCGGGCUGCUCGCGUCCCGGUUCGAGCAAGCGAUCCUCGUGGACGCCGACGCCGUGUUCCUGCAGCCGCCGCAGGUGCUCUUCCAGCAGCGGGGGUUCGCCUCGACGGGGGCGUACCUCUUCCACGACCGGCUCCUCUGGCAGCACGCCUUCGCGGAGCGGCACAGGUGGUGGCGCGAGCAGGUCCGGGAGCCGGCGUCGGCGGCGCUCAACCGAUCGCUCGUGUGGACCGACGACUACGCCGAGGAGUGCGACUCGGGGGUCGUGGUCGCGGACAAGGCGCGGACCGAGGUGCUCGCGGGCCUGCUGCACGCGGCGUGGCAGAACACGCGCGACGUGCGCAACGAGGUUUCGUACAAGCUUACGUACGGCGACAAGGAGACGUGGUGGCUGGGGCUGGAGCUGGCCGGGUCGGGCUUCGAGUUUGAGGGUCACUACGGCUCGAUGAUAGGGUGGCGACGGCAGAAGACGACGACGACGACGACGACGACGAUGACGACGACGGCCAAGAACGAGACGAGCGAGGGCGGUAGCGACGGCAGUAGCAGCAGCAGUCGGGACGAAGGCAAGGAAGAAGAAGAAGAAGAAGAAGAACAAGAUGUACGGGUGUGCAGCUUCGUCAUCGCGCACACAGACGACGACGACCGCCUGCUGUGGUACAACGGCAGCCUGCUCAAGAACAAGCUGGCGGACCCGGAGGCGUACGAGGUGCCGACGGACUGGAUGCUCGACGGCAGGUGGGACAAGGGCGCGACCAAGCAGAACAUGAGCUGCAUGGCGGGCGCGCCGGCGAGGCCGCUCGACGACGGGCAGCUGACGAUCCUGCGACGCAGCAUCGAGGGGGCGCGGAGGGCCGACGACGCGCUGCGACGGAUGGCCAAGGCGGGGGGCUGGUCGUCGACGACGUCGAGGUUCGUCUGAUGGGCGGCGGCAAGCAACGGGGGAAAGUGACGUGUAAAACCGAUGACAGUAUGGUUGACCAUAAGAUGGAAGUGUAUUGAAUGCGAUGUCUGAUGAAGUCCUUGAUGAGAGCUAUGUGCGCCUCUAUAACCAACCACCUCAGCAUAAAUGCCCUAGCAAUGUUCAAGUACGCA